CUUUAAAGUUGAGCAGAUUUAUCAAGUAUCUCAGCAGAAAGAGCUGCUACCCCUGAGACACCUGGUCCUCGAAGAGAGCCAUGACGUCAGGGAGAUGAUGCUAUGACAUGCAAGUGAAUUGGAUUUAAGUGAGGAAGGGCUGUGCAAAGUCACCAGCCUCACUUUCUCUUCCUGAGCCAUUUGGAUCCAGUGGCAAGAUAUAGAACAAGACAGCUGGAGAUGCCUCCCAGCCCGGAAUGCUACAUAAGCAACAUAGGAAGAACGUGAUAAUCAAAGGCAUUUAAGAAGAAACUUGAACCUUUGCUAAAGCAAAAUAUUAAUUAUUCCUAUUGUGAUCAAGCUAACUUCAGUUUUAUGGAGAUUGACAAACAAAGUAUGGUCCUACCUCCAGGCCAUGUGAUGGACUAAUUGAUCUCUUUUGUCAGUUUUCUGGAACUAUGAUAACAUAAUAUCAAGUUUCUUCAACCUAGCUGCUGGUCUCAGUUAAUGGCCAGACACCAAUCCAUAGGCAUUUGUGGAAAAAUCUCUAGGCCCCAAAUAUUCAAUGGCAUCGCAAAACAAGACCAACCUAUGAGAGCUUAGUAUAUGAGCUAAUAAUGAACACAGUUUCACUUUUUCAUAGACUUUUAGAGAAUAACAAUAAUAGCUAGCAUUUAUAUAACACUGUAAGGUUUGUAAAGUACUUUACAUAUAUUAUCUCAUUUUAUUUUUUACAGCAACCCUGGAAAUUAGGUAAUAGUCUUAUCCCUCAUUUUACAGAUGAGGAAACUGAGUCAGACAGAGAUUCAAUGACUUGCCCAAGAUCAUGUGGCUAGUAAAGAUCGGAGGCUAGAUUUGAACUCAGAUCUUCCUGACUCCAGGUCAGGAGUACCACCUACUGUACCAUCCAAAAGAACUGACGCUAUUGCCAGAAAACAAAUCAUGAAUGAAACUGAGUGUAUUGAAGAACAGCACCACGUCGAUCACUAUUUGUUCCCCGUCAUUUAUGUCUUCGUGAUGGUCAUCAGCAUUCCUGCCAAUGUCGGGUCUCUGUGUGUCUCGUGUCUGCAGAUGAAGAAGAAAAACGAACUGGGAGUCUACCUGUUUGGUCUGUCACUCUCUGAUCUUCUCUACUCAUCGACGUUACCCCUUUGGAUACAUUACACUUGGAAUGAGGACAACUGGACAUUCUCUCCUGCCCUGUGCAAAGUGAGUGCUUUCCUGAUGUACGUGAACUUCUACAGUAGCACUGCCUUCCUCUCCUGCAUCUCCCUUGAUAGGUACUUGGCGGUGGUCUAUCCUUUGAAAUUUCCCUAUCUCAGAACAAGAAGAAUCGCCUCCUUCAUCAGCCUAUCAAUCUGGAUCGUAGAAACAUCGUUCAAUGCCAUCAUUAUCUGGAAGGAUGAAACGUCUAUUGAACGCUGUGGUACCAAUAAGUCUUAUAUUCUGUGUUUUGACAAAUACCCCUUGGAGAAAUGGCAAAGUAACUUCAACGUCUUUCGGACAUGCACCGGUUAUGUGAUACCCUUGGUCAUAAUUAUAUUUUGCAACCAAAAAGUCUACCAAGCAGUAAAGCACAAUCAAGCUACAGAAAGCCGUGAAAAGAAGAGGAUCGUCAAGUUGCUCUUGAGCGUCACGCUCACUUUUUUCUUAUGCUUUACCCCUUUCCACGCUAUGUUGCUGAUUCUAAGCGUCGGAAAGCACAGCACAGACUUCGGCAAGCAGAUAUUUAAACUUUAUCGAAUCACCGUUGCCCUGACAAGUUUAAAUUGUGUGGCAGAUCCAAUUUUGUACUGUUUUGUAAGUGAGACAGGAAGAUCAGACAUAUGGAACUUGUUCAGAUUCUGCCAUCUGCCAAGUACAACAUCUGACCCUGGCAUGGAAUUAGAAGAUUGCUCUUCCAACAGAAAGCACACCAAAACACACGUGCUUAGCCAUCAACUAACUCAAGUAUGUACCAAGAAGCUGGGUUCCUUUAGCAAAUCUUAUAUGCCAUCUAUUUGACAAUUAUAAAAUAUUUUCUCUUUUGAGAAUUCAAUUACCAACUGAAGGGGAAAAAAUGGGUCCGUGAGAAUUGAAAGACCUAUGUGUUUUCACAUCUUUGUAAAUCUACAGGAAGGCGUACAGUUUUAAGGUUAUUUUCUCACAGACUGGAUGCCAAGGAAGCUAUGGGAAACAGGUGGCUGUCGUUCCUGGGCAGAAUGUAACUAAUUCCAAUGAAAGAAUCUUUGUUUAAUACACUUCUUUCAAGUCAAUUAUAUUCGACAAAGCAUUUAUUAAUGCCUAGUGUGUUGCUAGUUAGAGAGAAAAACAAAACAUCCCCUGCCCUCAAGAAGCUUGCUUUCUGAUUUCUUCUUGGUAGAUACAUAUUUCUUAACAGGGGGAAAUCAACAAUAUUUCAAAAGAAGGCUGAUAAGAGGCAUUUUUGGGGGCGGGGGAAUUAGUUUACCAUAAAUGCUUUAAACAAUUUCAAUUGAAGGAACUAGGAUAGCUUACUUCCACUUUCAUCAUUUCACAGUCUUUGUUUGUUAUUUCAGUUUGAAAUAUGAAAGCAUAUGAAUGAGCCAAAUGACCUUUCUCUCUACAAGAAAGUGGCUAUAAUAAAAUUAUGUCUAGCUCGGAGGAAAAACUACGAGUUUGUCUUGGGUAUUGAAACAUGCAUGAGAAUAGGCCUGCUCCAAGUGAAUUUGUGUAGAGACCUCAGGAGUUUUAGGGACACGUUUGUCUCCCCUCUGAAGGGCCACUAUUUUGAUUUGACUAAGCAAUCCACUCACUGGCCAGUGAGCGAGAAGGAUUAGUCAUUCAGCUGUUCUUUAAAAUGGAAUGACUAGGCCUUAGCUAAUUUUUUUUCUCUUCAGCUACAAAUCAGAACUACCCCAAGAGACAUUGGGGAAGGGACUGUGAACUUUUGCCCUCCCUGCCAAAUAAUCAUUUCCUAAGCACCUUUUAUAUGUGAGGAAUUAUGCUAGGUACUAAAUAUUAAAAAAAAAAAAA